AUGGAAAAAUUAUUUUCUAUUUAUUGGUUUGUUCUUCCAUUGAUUUUUAUAUUAUUUUAUAUAUAUCAAUUCAUCGGAAGAAAAAAAACAACAUUUCGGAAACCUCGUCGAGGUGUUGAUCGGAGUCAAACAUAUCCUCGUCAAUAUCCUUGUGGUUGGUAUCGUAUUUGUGACUCAGAUGAAAUAGCUAAACCAGGUCAAGUUAAACAUGCAUAUGCACUUGGUCGAGAAAUGGUUGCUUUUCGUUCGGAUGAUGAACAUCAUCGAGCCUAUGUCUUAGAUGCAUUUUGUAUUCAUAUGGGUGCAAAUUUAGCUUUCGGUGGAAAAGUUAUGCCAGGUACGAAUUGUAUUCAAUGUCCUUUUCAUUUAUGGCAAUUUAAUGGAGAAAAUGGUCAUUGUAUGAAAGUUCCUUAUGUCGAUGGAAAAAUACCUGAAAAAGCUAAAAUGCAAACAUAUUCAUGUGUUGAACGUUAUGGAAUGAUUAUGAUUUGGUAUCAUCCAUUAAAUGAAUCUCCACAUUAUGAUGCUGUUUAUAUUGAUGAAUUACAUAGUGAUCAAUUUCAAUAUCGUGGUGCUUAUCAUUAUCCAAAUAUUCACAUGCAUUUACAAGAAUUUGCUGAAAAUGCAGCUGAUUUUCAACAUUUUCAACCAUUACAUGGUCAAAUGUUAAUACCAUGGACACAAACAUGUGUACCAUGUGUAUAUGUUCAUCAUCAAGCAUCAUUAGAAUUUAGUACUGAUAAACCUUAUAUCGCAUAUUUUUAUGAUACAGCAAUGUUAAAAAUUUUUGGCAAAACUUAUGAAUCAACAAAAGCUAAUGCAUCAAUCACAUUUUAUGGUCCUGGUGGUAUAACAGUCUUUCGUUUUGAUCUUGAAAUUGGAAGAAUUUAUUUAUUUCAUACUCAUACACCAACUGAUUAUACAGAAUUAGAUGUUGAAUUUCGAGCAUAUGUUGAAACAAAAAUUCCACGUUUAUUACAUUGGUAUGUUAUUGGAAAUUGGAUUGCACAAUGGAGAAGAGAUAUUAGUGUUUGGGAAAAUAAAGUAUUUAGACGAGCUCCAUUUCUCGUUAAAAAUGACGGUCCAGUAUUAAAAAUGCGACGUUGGUAUAGCCAAUUUUAUCUUUCUAAAGAAGAACUUGAAAACAUUAUGGGUCCACUUGAUUGGUGA